AAAAACAUUUUAAUUAUACUCACAUCAGAGCUAACGGAAAACCAGAAAUCCAACCUUCCCCGCCGCCGCAACCGCCGCCAUCUCAGCUAAAUCUCUCCACCAACACUCAAUCUACUAUCUCAAUCAACCAAUUCCGAUUAUAAUCAAUCUUUCCGCGCAUCCGCCGCGUCAAUUGUUCAUUCAAUACGACGCCGUCGCCGGGAAAAAAAGAGUUCGCCGCCGUCGUUUUAUUCGAAUCGCGAAUUGGAGUCAACGGUGGCCCUCGCGUGAACAGUAGACCGGAGAAUUUUGAAAAUAUCGUUUUUUUGUCUGUUAGUAUAGUUUUAGUCCGUGAGAUUUUUGUAUUUGGUUUUGUGAAUAAUAAUUGAGAGGGUUUUUAGAGAGAGAGAGAGAGAUGGGCAGUGUUCUCGACGCUACACUGCUGCAUCAUGUGUGCAUUGUGCUGAUUGUUCUCUGGUUUCUGAAUUCAUUCAACUGGUGCCAUCCAAUUGCGUAUUUUCUCUCUCUAAUAUACCUCUAUUUGGUUCAUGAAUUAUAUGUGCUGAAAUUGAGAAAGAAAUUGCAAUUUGAGGAGAAGAGAGAGUCCGAUCAGAGACGGGUGCUUUCAGAUUCCGAGUCUCUUAGAUGGUUGAAUCAUGCCAUUGAGAAGAUAUGGCCGAUCUGCAUGGAAGAGAUCGUUUCUCAGAAAAUUCUCCUCCCUAUUUUCCCAUGGUUCUUGAAAAAGUACAAGCCGUGGACCGUGAAAGAUGUUGAUCUUCAGCAUCUUUACUUGGGAAGAUCCCCUCCGAUGUUUACAGAAAUGAGGGUUCUUGGUCACUCCAAUGGCGAUGACCACUUGGUUUUGGAACUGGGUAUGAAUUUCCGAACUGCGGAUGAUAUGAGCGCUAUACUUGGUGUGAAACUGAGCAAGAGGUUGGGUUUUGGAAUGUAUACUAAAUUGCAUAUGCUAGGAAUGCACGUUGAGGGGAAGGUAUUGGUUGGGGUUAAGUUCUUGCCGCAAUGGCCUUUCAUUAGCCGCUUGCGUGUGUGCUUUUCUUCACCGCCAUAUUUUCAGAUGACUGUGAAGCCUCUCUUCACUCAUGGUCUCGAUGUUACAGAGAUUCCUGGGAUAGCUGGCUGGAUAGAUAAUCUUCUGGCCCUCGUCUUCGAACAAACUCUCGUGGAGCCUAAUAUGCUGGUGGUUGACGUUGAAAAAUUUGUGUCACCUCUACCAGGAAAUUGGUUCUCUGUCUAUGCAAAGGCAUCAAUAGCGUUUGCUACCGUGACAGUUCUUGAAGCCACUGAACUGAAUCCAUCGGACUUAAAUGGAUUGGCGGAUCCGUAUGUUAACUUACAGUUGGGGCUUUCUAAAUUCCGGACCAAGACUAGGAAGAAAACUCUUUCGCCAAAAUGGCACGAGGAAUUCAAGUUUCCUAUCUUCACUUGGGAAUCUGAUAACUUGCUUGUUUUCGAGGUUCUUGAUAAGGACCACUUAUAUGAUGACAAGAUGGGAGAAUGUUGCAUAAACAUCAACAAGUAUCGGGACGGCCAGAGGUAUGACUUGUGGUUACCUCUCAAGAAUAUAAAGACAGGAAGAUUGCAUCUUGCUGUAACUGUCUCCGAUUUGACCGGAAAGAAGGCUGCAGAGUGUUCGCCCGGUGAAGAAGAGGCCGGUGGUGAGAAAAGGAAAGAAGAGGCCGGUGGUGACAGAAGCAGAGGCUCCUUCGCGGAUGGCUCGUCUCAGAGAGUAUCGUUCUCAUCCACAGCAUCGGAUAAGUCCCCCAAAGCAGGAGAUAGGUUCGACCCAAUUGACGUUGAAGGGCAGUCCGAGACUGGGAUUUGGAUCCACCAUCCGGGCAGAGAGGUCACACAAGUGUGGGAGGCAAGGAAGCCGAAGAAUAGCAAACGUCACGAAAUUAGCAGACAAGUUCAAGUCGAGUUCGGUGAUUCAGUCGGUGGGCGGACUUCUGGUCAGAACGAGGGCAGCAGCAGUGACGAGAACUCGGAUUCUAACAAGCCGCAAUCAGGUAAUCCGGUCAAGAGAGGUUUAAGAAAGAUCGGGUCAGUGUUCAGACGGAGCCCGAGGGAAGCUGACAAGGCGACCUCGCCUAGAGAGUCCGAACCGUCCCCCAAAGAUAAUUUCAACGCCAAGGCGUCGUCUAACCUCAAGAAAGGUGGUGUCAAGGUGAUAAUAGACGACUCCAUUGUGCCCCCGCCUUCCAAGACUCCGAAAGGUGACGAGAAAGACGCGCAAUCUCCGUCUUCCAAGACUCCGCGUGAAGAGACUGUGCCGGAGAGCCCCAGCCAGAGGAACGGCAAGGACAAGGCGAAGGGCAUUUUGAAACACGCUGGAAGAUCUGCUCGCGAGCUGAAGUCCUCGCUCUCUCGGAAAAUAAGAGGGACGAAGGGAGAGAUGCCUGAGGAGUCGGAUUCCAUAGAUGACGAGUCGCUUACAUCAUCCAUGGAUUCUGUGGUUACGGAUGCUGGUUUAGUCGUUCCGAGUUCAACCGCUUCCCCUCCAGCGCUGGCUUCAAAUGACGACUCGUUGAAGUUGAAGGACAACAUUCAGACGGAAAACCUCUCCGUUAGCAACACCUCCGUGACCGGAGAUGUUGCGGUUCCAACCGGCGACAAGGUUUUGUAAUGUUUGUUUGGAAAUGCGAAGGGAGGAUUCUUGUAUGUGUUAGUAUUGUAUAAUGGUGUUUUGAUAAAAAAAAUAAAAAUCAAAUAUAGAAAUGUAAUGAGGUUUGAGUGUAUCAUCAUUUGUACAAAGGAGUUGCACACAACUUUGCAUUGCAAGUUGUUUGUAUGAACAUAAAAUUUUCAAGUAGCAGACUUUUGUAA